UCCGCCGCCGACCUCGCCAGGCGCCCUCCGAAGCAGCAGCCGCAGCGAGCCGCCCUGGCGGAGGCAUCUUCCUCCGCGGCUGCUCCAGGAUCUAUGUUUACACUGAAAGUGCAAGUCAACGACAUCAUCAGCCAUCAAUAUUUAAGCCAAGCGGUUGUGGAAGUGUUUGUCAACUACACAAAAACAAAUUCGACGCUGACUGGAAAUAAUGGAGCAGUAUUGAUACAAGUUCCCUAUCAGCUAGGUUUAAGUUUAACUAUUGCAUCUUAUAAAGAUGGUUAUAUGUUAACACCUUUGCCUUGGAAGACUGGAAGAAUGCCAAUAUAUUCAUCAGUCACACUCUCACUGUUCCCCCAAAGCCAGGCAAAUAUAUGGUUGUUUGAUGAUACAGUUUUAAUUACUGGGAAACUAUCUGAUGCCAAAUCUCAACCAAGUGUUCAGUUUCCAAAAUAUUUAAUAAAACUUCCUAUGAACCACCAUAUCACAAAUGUUACAGCCUACCUUACAGUGCCCCAGCAGUUUUUGAAAGUGGACCAUUUUCUUUAUACAACUGGAAUUCUUUUAAAUAAGUCAGGUUUCAAAAGUAUUGAAUUAACUCCCUUUGCUGCAAUAUGUGUAAACCUGUUUUCGGCUGGGAAAGAACUGAACGUAGAUGGUCCCAUUCAGAUAACAUUGCCUCUCCUACCUACUAGUGCUGUCAAAGCAGGAGAUCCUAUCCCAGCAUGGACCUUUGACAUGAAAACUGGUGCCUGGGUGAAUCGCGGGUUGGGCAUGGUGAAGGAUGCACAGGAUCAUCUUGUAUGGACAUACACUGCUCCAAGUCUUGGUUACUGGAUAGCAGCUCCACUACCUGGAACUAGAGACUCCAUCAUUGCCUCGGUCACUAAGGAUAUAACUACAUACCACGCAGUGUUCCUGACAGCCAUAUUGGGAGGCACCAUCAUCAUUAUCAUUGGGUUCUUUGCAGUUCUCCUUUGCUACUGCAGGGAUACAUGUGGUCAGUCAAAAAAGAGGAGGAGAAAUACGACAAAACGGGACAUCUCCAGAAAGGACCAGACGACAUCAACAACUCACAUAAAUCACCUUGGCAUUUCCAAGGGAUCAGUGAAGCCAGAUGACAAGUCUCAGUUGUAUUCAGCCACAUUAUCUUCUUACAGUCCCCAGAGAGGGGCUUCAGCUGAAGGGGAGGAGAGGAAAGGCCACGACAGUUUCAAAAUCUACACAGAAGGUAUUACAUACCAGUUCUCCAGCAAAAAUUCUCACUGUAGCUCACCCCAGUCCUUGGAACCUAGCAUAGGUGUGAGGCAUUUACAGCCAGCGAAACAUAUUGGUGGCAGCAUUUCUCCUGCUAGAGACUUGCAAGAACGGAACCACUACCUCUCGAUGAAUGAGGAAAUGUAUGGUCUCACUCCCCUCCCAGAGCAAUUGGUGCAUCUUUAUAGCCAACCUGUUGCCAUCCUUCAAACAUCUGACCUUUUCCAUUCUCCAGAGCAGCUGCAUGCUGCCAAGUCUGCCACUUUGCCAAGGAAAGGGCAAUUAGUCUAUAGCCCAAUGAUGGAGCCAAUGAGUCGGGAAAGUUAUACCCAGACAUUACCCAAGAUGCCCAUGCACUCUCACCUCCAGGUGCCAACCUCCAGAGAUGAAUCAGCUGCAUUAGAUAGCCAACAAGGCUCAUCUCCUCAAGCUGCAAAUUGGGGGCGCUACACCAAUAGCUUGCUGGAGUCAGUUUCUGUUCCAGGGACGCUAAACGAAGCUGUGGUCAUGACACCAUUUUCAUCCGAACUUCAAGGCAUUUCAGAGCAAACCUUGCUGGAGCUUUCAAAAGGAAAACAAUCUCCGCAUCCACGGGCAUGGUUUGUUUCAUUGGAUGGCAAGCCAAUAGCUCAGGUGAGGCAUUCAUUCAUAGACCUCAAGAAGGGCAGGAAGACUGAGAGUAACGAUACUAGCUUGGACUCUGGGGUGGACAUGAAUGAGCAUAAUACCAGUCGGAAACUGGAGAGGGAGAAAACCUUCAUCAAAAGCAUGCAACAUUCUAAGGUCCUUUACCUGGAAGACUUGGAUCUCAGUAGUAGUGAAAGUGGAACCACAGUUUGUACCCCCGAAGAUCAGACUGUGAAGCACAUGCCAGAUGGGGGGACUGAUCCAGUCAUAGAGCAGCAGACACAAGAGGUGCCCAAGAAGAAAGAAACAGAAGACCAUGAGGCUAGCCCUCCUCCAGCUAAGAAACGGGGAAGGCCACCUCUAACUAAAAGAGACAGCAAGACCAAUAUCUGGAAGAAGAGAGAAGAGAAGCCACUUAUUCCAAUAAAUUAAAAUUACAGUUAUGUCUGCA